AUGCCCACCACAUCCUCCAACAGCUCUAGUGUGUUUGGCCGUCUCACAGGGAGGAAAUCGCACGUAUUGGAGAUCAAGGACGGCAACAACCAGCAGGAGAGGUUCAAUCAUAGUCCGCCAGCCGAUGCAUUGAGCGAUAGCGACAGGAACAGGCUGCUGAGUGGGCAUAGAAGGGAAAGCAGUAUCCCGAGCAUACGGAACAGUGUCACAGAUCUGGGGUCCAGUGUCCGACGCAGUGUUUCACUCCGCUCACAUCGCACACAGCACUCUACUUCUACUCUUGGCCGAGGACCUCGACAACCAUCCUCCAGCAACCUGCUCAGUCAGACGUCGCCAACGGAAUCACCAACGAAGGAGGACGAGAAGAGCGCGCCGGUCGAGACACCGGUCCUCCCUAAGCCGGACGAAGAGCCAGCACCGCCUGCACAACACCCGCUAAGGUCCAGAGGGAAGCUAUCCAUCUCGGCAAGGUCUUUCUCGAAUCGCUUCAAGAGUACAGAUACACUUGUGAUCCCAGGACAACUAUCAGAAGGUGCCGAAGGCCAACCGCCAUUGCCAAGUCCGGCGAUUGACCAGCCAAAGAACUUCUCGAUGUUGGUCGCGGCACCUCCACCUCCUCCUGCAAUACCCAAGCGUGCACCCCCAGAUCGCCCGAGUCUUGCUUCCCAAGCAAGCUUUGCAAGUUCACAAUCGCAAGCAAAUGGUGUCCACUUGCAGCACAUUCCGUCUGUACCGAUAGUACCAUCGGGAGGACAUAAUCCGAACCUCAUACAUCAGAGCAUAAACGAGACCUCGAACAAGCGUAUGGCCACGAUCGACUACCUCCGGAAAGUGCACGAGGGCAAUGUGUUCUACUUCAGUACGCUACACUACACCUCGAGUUCCCUCAAUUCAUCGAUACCAUCAUUGCAUCCGCAUAAGCAAGGCAGAAGAGCAACAAGUUACCUUUCCCUAGGCUACAGCUUACCCCUUCUGCUCGAAAUGAACUCUGGCUCGCCUACAGAGUAUCUGAAGGCUCUGUCAGCGCUAUUAUCAGAGUUCGAGACAUAUCAGUCUCUUGCAGGCAACGAAGGCGGCACGAGUAGCUUAAGUAGAGCUCGAGUGGGCCAAAUGUUUAAGACGGGUAUGGGUCUCGGCAAUCGAUCAGGAAUGCGAAAUGGUAGACGUUCGAGUGCAGCAACUGAUAGUAUUGCGCUGGACACUUCGAAAGCAAGCAUGCUGAGUAUACCUGGGUCAGCAUCGGAUGGCGGAAGCAGUCCAUCCGAGAUGGUGUCACCCAUCGGGCAUGACUUCAACCAUCUACUCACUCCUCAUUUGCCCUUCGAUCCAGACUUCAAUACCACGUUCGCCACUCUGUGCGAUACCUUGAUCGACAUAUACGCGAAUCUGCUGAAAUUGGUCUCGCAACCGGAAACAUGCACGCCCCUUGUCGGUGAAGCAUUUUCCAAAGCAGACAAGUCAAUACGGAAGAUCCUGGUAGCGAAUAUCACGCGGGAAUUCGAGGAUACUACAAGGCAAGGGGUGAAGACUGAAGUCGCAGGAUUGGGACGACUGGUUCUUGGUGGACUUAUGUAG